AUGGAUGAUAUCGAGGAUCGGUUGCGUAGCCACGCCCAGGCUUUUGAUGGUCUCUUGUCGUUGAUUCCGGCGAAAUAUUAUUAUGGGGAGGAUGGUAGUGACCAAUGGAAACGCAAGAAACAGACGAAAGAGGAAGCUCGUGAGGCGAAACGGGCGAAAUUGGACCCCGAUGCCGCGAAGACUGCUAAAGACGUAAUGGAAGAGAACGCCCGGAAACGCAAGCGUCAAGAAGAGGGUCAUAAUGAGACUGCAUCAUCUGAGGAUGAAGAUCUCGGCUCAGAAAUGCCUAAGGAAGGCCUGAAGCGGGCCGAUGCGGCAAAGAAACAGAAGCAAUCCGAAGACUCGGCGAAGUCGGAAGAGGCAGAAGCCCGUAAGAAGCUAAAGGAAGAGAAAAAGGCACAGAAGAAAGAGCAACAAAAAGAGAAAAGAAAGGCUAAAGAAGCCUCUAAGAAGGAAAAGCUGAAAGAACAGCAAGACAAGGAGGCUACAACCCCUACUGCCGAUGCUGCACAGAAGCCAGAGUCGAAGCCUGCCAGUGAUAAGAACAAGAAGCAAGAAAAGCCACCCGUAAAGGAUGACGAUAAUGAUGACGACGUUGAUGAAGAAGAGACCGAGGGUCUCGCUCUCGAGUUUAACCCAGAGCAAACAGAACAGUCUUCCUCUUCUACCCCUAACUCCCCUGGAUUCGAUGCCUCUGCCCUUCAAUCUGGCGCCUCUUCGAUAUCUUCCAUUGUCCCACCUUCUGCUCCUAACGAUGCCUCUAAGAACCCAUCCGAUCAAAAGCCCCUUAAGUCCACACCCGAAGAGCUGAAACAACGACUACAGAAGCGUCUUGAUGAGCUCCGCGCAGCUCGUCACGCAGACGGGCUGAACGGCAAGCCCGCCAGAAACCGCCAGGAGCUGAUCGAAGCCCGCAGACAGAAGGCAGAACAACGCAAGGCACACAAGAAAGAGCUACGACAGAAAGCCAGGGAGGAGGAGCAACGGUUGAAGGACGAAGCAUUGGCCCGCCGCUUCUCCCCAGGUGGCUCGGGCUCCCUUCUCGCCUCACCUCGCUCCCCAGCAGAGUCAGUGGGCUCCAGCGCCGCCAAUUAUUCCUUCGGCCGUGUCGUCUUCGCCGACGGCCAGGCUGCUGAUCCCAGUCUGAACAGCGUGCGCGAUCAGCCCAAGCGCCAUGGUCCCCAUGACCCCGCGUCGGCCUUGAAAGCCGUUGAGGCCAAGAAGGCCCGAUUGGAGAGCAUGGACGACGAGAAGCGUGCUGAGAUCGAAGAGAAAGACAUGUGGCUGAACGCUAAGAAGCGCGCUCACGGUGAACGAGUCCGGGAUGACACUUCACUGCUGAAGAAGGCUCUUAAGCGCAAGGAAUCCGCCAAGAAGAAGUCCGAGCGUGAAUGGAAGGAGCGCAUAGAGACCGUCCGCAAGGGCAAGGAAAUGAAACAACAAAAGCGCGAAGACAACCUCCGGAAACGCCGCGAAGAAAAGGGCAACAAGGGCAACAAGGGCAAGAAACCAGCCGCAGGCAAGAAAAAAGCUAGACCCGGCUUCGAGGGAAGCUUCAAGGGCAAAUCCGGUGGGAAGAAAUGA